UUUUCUUUGGAUACUUUUGCCUAACGUUUUGAUUGAUUUGUCUUUCUUGAUAGCGAUUUGUGAUGAUAUCACAAAUGCUUAUUUAGGGAUUCUGUGUAAUUUUACUGCAUUAAUUCUUUGUUCAUCUUUUUUGUGAUUGUCUGGUGAUUUUUGUGUCAAUAACAGUGGUACUUUAUCGACAAUGUCAUCAUCAUCACGGUCCAUGUUUUGUACCUAAAAAUAUGUCAGAAUCGCAGGGGCCCGAACACAAAACUAUUGACUUCGACCCUAUAUUGCCCGAUCAGGGGAUUCUCUUUUACGAAGAAUGUCCACCGGAGUAUGAAAUUGAGCGGCCUAGAUUACUGCCUUUGAAAUCUACGACUCAGAUUAGAUUUGAACAGCUGCAACACGAAGCAGCUAGGGUUUGGAGGGAGAAGCAGAGAACUGCGAAGAAAAACUAAUUCUUAUUUGUAAUUGGAACAGUGUAGUGUUGUGACAAAAUGGCUUACACGUUGUUUGUGAUAGAACUAAUAUCUGCGUUUGUAUUAGCAGCGACUUUACUGUACCGAUAUGGAGACUGCUAUAGGAACCAUAUAAUAGUGACAGUGUCAGUGCUGACAGCAUGGUACUUCUCGUUCGUGAUUAUGUUCAUCUUGCCCCUAGAUAUAUCAUCGACGGUAUAUCGACAAUGUAUGGAGAAUGUGACGAAAGUGACGGAAACAACACAAUCGUUACUACAGAAUACUACAACAACUGUUGCCCCGCCAGCUACUGAGUGUAUCAAGCCUUACAGUUUGAUGAGCUCUGAUGUGUUCCCUAAUCUUUGGAGAAUUGUGUACUGGACCUCACAAUGUCUUACUUGGCUAAUAAUGCCUAUGAUGCAGUCAUACAGCAAAGCUGGCGAUUUCACCGUAAAAGGCAAACUAAAAUCAGCUCUAGUCGACAAUGCCAUUUACUAUGGUUCAUAUCUCUUCAUAUGCGGCAUUCUACUUAUAUACAUCGCCUUAAAACCUGAUGUACACUUGGAUCCUCCAAAAAUAAAGACCAUAGCGUCCUCAGCCAGUAAUACUUGGGGUCUGUUCCUCUUGAUCCUGCUCCUUGGAUAUGCCCUCGUAGAAGUGCCUAGAAACCUCUGGAAUAAUUCCAAGAAGAAUUACACUUUGACCUACUGCUACUUCAAGAUUGCUAAGCUAAGUACUGACAAGUGCGAAGCUGAAGAAACUGUUGAUGAUAUUUUGGAUAGUUUAAAAGCCGUGACAGCAGCAGUAGGGUCGGGCCAUCCUCUAUACCGUCAUGUGGACACCAUCGUUCAGAAGUUGCCGAUACAACUACGAGACAGGCUCAAUGGUCGCGCACCGCCCGAUAGACCGACACCACCAUCCUUGAAGUCACUUGUCAAUUUACACAAGAAGACUAUCAAAGCUCUACACGUGCUGCAACGUACGGAGACUCAAUGGGGUCUGAUGUUGGAACGUAUCUUCCACCUCGAGGACGUAGCCGCCAACCAGCGCUCUCCAGACCACCGGUUCCAACACACAUUCCACACGCCACGGCCAAGAUUACAACGGAUAUUCUACCCGCCAAUCGUUGAAUGGUACUGGGAAUGUUUCCUGCGGCAGUACUUCCUGAAGACGAUGGCUGUGAUCACCGGCAUCAUGUCCGUGGCCGUCGUCUGGUCAGAAAUGACCUUCUUCUGCAAGAAGCCCGUGCUCUCCAUCUUCGCUAACAUCGUCAUCGCAGCUACCGACUCUUAUAAUUAUAUGGCUAUUGAGGCAAUAUCAACAAUAAUAAUAGCGUACAUGUUCUACUGCGCUUACUCCACCGUGUUGAAGAUCCGUCUGCUGAACCUUUACUACCUGGCUCCUCAUCAUCAGACCAAUGAGUACAGUCUCAUAUUCUCCGGGAUGAUGGUCUGUCGCCUCACCCCUGCCAUGUGUCUCAACUUCCUCAGUUUGAUACAUAUGGACUCACACGUCAUCAAGAAGAGUAUUAUGGAGACCUAUUAUACGCAGAUAAUGGGCCACAUGGACGUGCUGGGCAUCAUAGCGGAAGGCUUCAACAUCUACUUCCCAAUGCUAGUGGUGUUACUAUGCGUGGCCACGUACUUCUCGCUCGGCAGCCGACUGCUCUCGCUCUGCGGGUUCCAGCAGUUCGUGGGAGACGAUGAACUCACCACCGACCUUGUGGACGAAGGACGGGAGAUUGUGAAACGAGAGAAACGCAAGCGCCAGCGCGCUGAAGAAUCGCUAACGCGACGCCGUGAUUACAGCGAGCGGUUUUCUAACUACAGGUCGGCACGCGACGCACAGGAUGGAGCCCACACUGGGCUUCUCAACGACGUGGACUCAGAUUACUACGUGCAACCGAGUCCUGAACGUAAUCAACCGCAGCUGACGGGCUACCAACGAGCUGAGCUACCCUACAACAGGUCCAAUCUCACCCUUGAAGAUGAACUGGACCAUCGCUUCGGGGAAAGUACCCUGCCGUCCAUACGAAGCGAGUACGACGACCGACGCCGGGACAAAAUGACCAUACCACCUCGUGGAUUGUUUGACGAUGUAUAAAGUGCAAUAUAAUAUCAAUAGGUAAUUUUGUCGGAGUUUUUGUUGAGGUAUUGUCAUUCUUAUAGAUAAGCAAUAGAAGAUCGUAACGUCUCGAAAUAAGGUAAGAGUUUUUAUUUGUUUGUAAAGUGAUGUACAGUUUGGAGACCUUAAAUAACAAUAUACUUAAGCUUCACUUAAUUUUUUACAAGAUUGUAAUACUUUGAUGGUAAAGAAUAUUUUAGUAAAAUGUCCUAUGUUAUAUUUUCUUUUCUCCUACUUUUAGUUACAUAGUUGAAAUAUAUGGUAGCUUAUUUUUUCUCAUAAAUGGCAACACCUUCACAAAAAUAGGUCAAUUAAGUUAUUGUAAUUAGAUUAAGUGGUUGUCAGAUAAUGAUUACCGUAUAAUAAAUGUAUUUGAAUGUAUGGCAAGCGUGAAAUGUGAACGUUAGUUACAAUUGUUUUAGUUUAGGUACAAAUAUAAUAUACGGCUUACAUUUUUAUAUAAUUAACAUGUAAUUCGGUGAAACCUAUAAUGCAAUAUUCGAAUUUUAAUCCCGUAAAUAGCUUGCAAUAAUAAUUGAUACAAUUUCAUAGAAAAAUGUUAUUACUAAAUAAUAAAUUAGUCAAUGUUUACUGUAAAAAAGGUUUUUAAAUGUCUCAACAAUUCAAACUUAUAAUUUCCUAGUCUUUAUUGCAAUUAAUAACUCUAUAUAAAAGGGUACAUUAGUGUGUUUUACGAUAAUAUAUCGAGUCACGUAAAGUUAUGAUUUAGUUGUACAAGUUACGGAAUCUUAGCUUUGAAUACAAAUAGCACGAAAUUGUCGCCACUGUAGUAGAUAGAAAUGUAUUUAAGUUUUUCGUAUAGCCGUAAGAUUUGCGAACAUCCUUAAUUCCUAAGCUCAUUAAUAGCAGCUCGUAUAAUUACAAGAUGAACAACCAUUUCCUAUCGUCUCCCAAAUAUUAGUAUCAUAAAAACAAUUUCUACCGUAGAAUUCACCCAAAAACUACUAAAUUGGUAGGUUUAGUAAAGUUAACAAAAUAGUGUUUUAGACCUUAGGACCGGGCUUUAAGGGUAGUUUAGUUCUAACGUGGCAUAAUAUGUAAGAUCACCAGUUUACAUGUUGGCACCUAUUUAUUUAUAAUGGCCUAAUGCACAUUUCAAUAUUUAUUCGAAAUGUGUACAUACACUUAUGUUAUUGUUAAUUAAUUACACUAAUACUAUUCAAUAUCAUCUGGAAAGUCAGAUCUUAAACUUGGUAAUGUAAUGAUUGAAUGUCUCGACAAGGGAUUUUUGAUAAUGAACCUUAUGAUAACAUUUUAUUGUUCAUGUUUCAAUAUUUGACUGGAAGAGCCUUAUUACGUCAUUAUAUAUAUUAUAGCUGUGGUGUUCCGAAUAAAAUAAGGUAUAGGUACCGUUCGAGGAAUGUAAGCAAGAUUGUAUUACAAAUUGACAUGAAAUGAAGUUUCAGGGACUUUUCUCAAGUCCCGAUUACAUCUACUUAAACAAGUUUUGUACAAACGUAUCUACUUAACCAAUGUCAAAAGCUAUGCUGUAAUAAAUCUUCAAUUAAUAAUAAUAUCAUGUAUUUAUUAAUACUGCUUUCGCAAACAAACUUAAGUGUAUCUUACAUAGAGAAUUGUCGAAAUAUUGUCAUCUCUUUAACCAUAUAAAAUUAUGUAGUUUUAUCGUCAAAAGUAUUGUUUUUAUUUUAUUGAGAUUAUAUCUAAAAACGCUGUAAACUUUGCUUACAUUGAAAACGAAUAUUAUUUAAUAAAUUAUAUCUUACUUUGUGUGUACAUAAAUAGUUACUUAUCUAUUAUUCUAAGGCAAUGUUUUUAUGCUAACUAAUUAUUUUUGUUAUUGUAUACUUUAUUUCAUUCCAUAGAUUUAUUUAAUGCAACAGCAUUAAACACUGAUGUGAUAUUGUUA